GUAUACCUUGCCCCUCUCACUCAUCAUCACUCUUCAACCGCAUUCAAGCACUUCGAAUCACCGGAUUCUCUCUGUUCUAAUCAAAUGGCGUUUCGAAAAUUAUUUUCGAAGCGUGCUGUGACCAACGAUUAUAGAGUUGCAUCGCCGGCAGGAGGAGCUCUAGACCACUCAUCACCAAUUAAAUCUCUUACAACACCCCAAAAUAAUGCAGCAUCCAAAACGAAACUAUUUAAAGAGUUUCUCACUGGAGAUUCCGUCGAUAUAGGGUUUUUCCGGCGUUUCCUUCACCGUAGAGCCAUUAGCCAGUUACCUGAAUUCAUGUCCAUGCCGGUGGGAGAGAAGUUAAGAGAAAAGCUCAUUUCCGGUGACCGGCUCCACCUUGAUGGUCUGACUCCUCCGGAAGAGAUCGCUGGAGAGGCUAAUAAGUUCGGGAUUUCUGUUGAGAAUGUGAAGAAGAUCUUGAGGUUUUCUCUUGUGGAGAAGUUGAAGGCCAAACUUAGAGAGAUUCCAAGAGGGUCGAUUUGUUAUUCGGAGUUUGUCAAAAUUUGUGUUGAUGAGUGUGGAAAUGAAGGUCAAGGUGUUGAGUUUGCCAAGUUGCUUGAUCAGUCCGGAAACGUCAUCGUUUUAGGAAACAUUGUGUUUCUCAGGCCUGAGCAGGUAGCGAUAUCAGUGGAGAAUAUGAUAUCCCAGGCCAUUGCAGCUCCUGAUGAUCCGAGAAGAAAACACCUUGAGCAUAUGGAGAAACUAAAGGUGAUAAUUGAUCAGAAGGCUAGAACCCAGGUCCGAGGAGAGCUUUAUUGUGGGCUGGGCUUUCUAACGAUCCAGACACUUGGGUUCAUGAGGCUCACCUUCUGGGAGCUUAACUGGGAUGUCAUGGAGCCGAUAUGUUUCUUUGUCACCUCCCUUCACUUCGCAAUAGCCUAUGGUUUCUUCCUGAGAACAUCCACUGAGCCCUCUUUUGAAGGUUACUUCCAGCAACGCUUCAAGGCCAAACAAAAGAAACUCAUGAAGAUCCAUGGUUUUGAUGUCCAAAAAUAUAACCAACUUCGCAAAGUUUUUUACCCUAACCUUGGUUAUGGUUUACCACAAUCAGAAUAUUACAAACCCGGGCACCAUUAAAACAUGUAUGCAAAUAUGUUUUUAUGGCAACAAAAUUGUGCAAAUGUAUUUAGGUUAUUAUAACAAGAUUGUAGUUUAAAAAUAA